CCAGAGAUAAAGAACAUUCGACGAAACCCACUGGCAGUUGUCAGUUUUAUACGCGCGGGUAAUUUAAACGACGAAGUGUGGCCGACCACUUCUUUUAACUUCUUUUAUAACUUUAACAGUACCACGCCAAUAUUCUAAUUACUAUGUAUUUCGUUUCUUCGCUCGUUUAACUAGUUUUUAUUUAGUCUGGCAUGGCAUAUUAUCAAAUAUCGGAUUUCUUCAUUCUUAGAAUUACACGAAGGUCGUAACAAACAUAUUCGAAAAUCGGUUCGUCGUAGCUCGGUGCUGCUGCAGUUGUAUGCGCGAGUUUUACACGUUGAAAAGUUCGUUCGGUCUUCUUCGCGGCGGCGUUACCGGUCGGUGUGUCAAGUGUAUUUUGAAGUUUUUUGUGCGCGUAUUCACGUAUUGCAUACUUACCUUAUAACUAAAAACCUACUGGACAAAUAGGUACGAUUCGUUCGCAGCAUUAAAUUGCAUUUUACUCGCUGUUUGCCUUCAAUACCUACUCAAGCCCAGCGUCAAAGGUACCUGCAAUUGUCAAACAGUGGUGUAUUGUUCUCAUUUGCAAGUCAAACGAAACCUUCAGUUUUAAUACAGUAGCAACAAUAAAAUCGUAAUUAGAAAACACGAAUGUUUCAAUCUGUGGUGUUAUCGUUCAACUUCCUUAUUUCGUCCAUGAUUGAAAUUGAAUUUUUUACGAAGAAUGAGACCGAAACAUAUCAGCACUCCUUUCCCCUCCUUGGUCUGUUAAGAAGCAAGAAGCGACGUUUACCGGAUCGUCGAUUAUUGCUCAUUGUGAAAAUACCGAAGAGACGUUUACGGGUUCCUAUUGAUUUUCUCAUUAAUCCUUCCUUUAACUAUGUCGGUUCCUAUGCGUGGUAAACGUUCCUCAACCGAUAAGUCAAAUGAGUCAAAUGGUGACAAACCGCAUUGGGUUAAUCCAUGCCCCGGAGUUCCUACGUCGUCUUCAGGAGCUCAAAAACGUUCGGUGUCUGAAGAAGACACCGGAUCGGAGGCUGAUUUUAUCAACAGUAUUGUGCUAACUUCGAAGCAUGCUAUUUAUCAAGCAGAGAAAUUCCGAGAGAAAUACGUCAUGAGAACCUUUUCCGUUGAUUUUGAAAAACAUCAUUCAAACUGGAAAAGCGCCAAAUACGGAUGGCUCGCGCAAGAAGUUAUUCUUCCCAAGGAGCUCGGGGAAAAACUUUCCUCAGAUAAUUUGCAAAAGAUGGAGCUCGAUGAUGAAUCAAUAAAAAUUUACGGGUAUUUGCAACGAUUGGCUGUAGCUUUCGAGCAAGUAACCAAAGAUCAACGUGAAGUCAAUUCUGAAUUCCAGGAGGAAUUCGCUGUUGCUGAAACCCAUUUGAAAUCGAUUCUCUGCGAAUUACGAGAAAUAAUCCCAGAUUCGAAAUUCGCCAUCUACCGCGAUGCCAACAGAGAUAUAAUGCCGCCUGAAUUCAGGCACAUGGACGAUCAUACUUACAGAAAUGUCAGGGACUGGCUGAUAUUCAGAGAUUACAUGAACGUAGUGGAGUAUCUAAUUCAAGUUUUGGAGUACUUCAAAACCAAGACUGUUUAAAAAGGUUCUUUGACGCCGGUUUUAUUAUAAUUUUUUUUUGCCAAAUGUUUUUAAAAAUUAUUUCUUGACUGAAAGUAAGUUAUUGACCCUCCCCUCUCCCUUUUUGUUUUCCUUUAAAUCGUCCUAUUAUUUAUUUUUCACAUUUUUUUUCUACUUGUUUUUUUCAUGUACAUAAGAAUAUUUAUUUUGUAAAAAGAUCUUAAUUGAUCUUAAUUUUCCUUGUAAUUCUUAAGUUUCAGCGUUGAGUGGACUAGGGAGGUAUUUUAUAAAAGCAUCGCAUCUGGAAUUAGUCAGUUAGAUGCGAUUGAUGAGUAAAAUCGUGAAAAAAAAAAUUAUUUAUUCUAUCUAUGUAGUUAUGAAUCGAUUACAUUUGAUCAAUUCGAUCGAUUCUGGUAAACAGUUCCCUUUCGAAAUCACAUAAGACUGAAUUUUAAAAAGUGAAGAGGGGGAAUAUUCUCUUAUUUGUAUUUAAAUUUGAACGAAUUAUUGAUAAAAUACCAUCGCACCACACGCUGAAUAUUAUUUAAUUUAUUAUCUGUGUGAGUGCACUUGAUGGAUUUUUUUCCUCAGGACGCCUAUGACCAUCGAGGGCGCACUACACUAUUUGUGUAAAAUAUUUAAGGCUGUGUUUAAUUUAUUUAGUUUUUUUUAAUAAUAAUUUAUUUUGUUGAAUUAUGAAGCAAAUGAUGCUUUUUCUCAAAAAUCAAAAUUUAAUGGUACCUAAUCAAUUUGAAAUCAAAAAUAUAUUAAUAUAAAAUGUGUAGACAUUUAUGAUCUAAAUAUUUUGCAUUAUUUUUUGGCUUCAUGUAGCCAAUGCUGUUGUAAAUAUUUUCAUAAUACUUACAUCUUGAAUGUAAUACAAUUUGAUUUUCUUGUGUGUACAUAAUUUGUCAUUUUAAUUUAUUAAUUUUUUCUUUUCAAAAAUUUUUGAUACUGUUUUCAUUUUUUAUUUUGUACGUCAAUUAGGCUUUUUCAAUUUGAAAAUUGUAACUAAUAUGAAUCAUCCCAUAUGGCCGGCGAUUUUUUAAUUUAUUUAAUUAUUUAUUUUGAUAUUAUAAGAAUCUUGCCAGUAUUCAAGAAAAAUUAUCUUUAUUUAGUUUCAGGCAUAAUUACGGAACGUUUGUAAAACUAUUAGUAGAAUUUUCAAAUAGUUUUUGGCUGUGAUUAACUGAUUACGAAUUUAUACAGUAAUACCUAAUUUGCGUAUAAUUUGUAGUGCUUCUUUCUUCUCUUUCUUUUUUUAUGAUGUAUUAAUUUAUUUAAAUACUAUUUGCAUUUAUUGUUUUUUUUUCAUUUUUUCUUUUGAAAUAUAAUUUUAAAAU